AUACAUAAGGAUUACAGUCUCGUUGCUUUCCCCUUUCCGGCCGGACUACCUUCCUUCCCUAUCUGCCAAACACACACACACUCGCCACCAUGGUGCUGUGUGAGGAGCGGGAGUGCACGGUGUGCUACCGGGCGUACUCGCGGAGCCUGCGCGUUCCCAGGGUGCUCCACUGCCGCCACACCUUCUGCGCCCCGUGCCUGGAGGCCAUGGCGGUGCCCAAGAGCGGCCUGCUCACCGUGAGGUGCCCACUCUGUCGACAGAUGACCUGCGUCAGUGCCCACCACAGCCUACAGGGGGCACUCUGGGUCAACAGCCGCCUAUGGGACCAAAUACCCGACUACGUCAUAGAGGAGGAAGAUGAGGAAGAAGAGGAGCAGGAGAGGAGGCGCAGAGAGGAGGAGGAGGUGCUGAGGGAGAGACAGCAGGAGGCGGAGGGCAGGGUGAGGGAGAUCGCGGAGGUGGAGGAGAGUACGGAGGAGGCCACCGCUUCUGUGAGAUGUCUGGGCUCCAGUCACUAUCGCCCCCGUCUACGACUGCCCUCCUUCUUCCGCCGGCUGGGUUUUGCCAAGCAGCCCCGAGAGAGGAUCCUGUCCAGCUCCAACGUCGAGAUGAAGUCCUGGCGAAGGUUGACAGCGGCUGAGAUGAUAUAAAGCUGAAGAAGACCAUGAGGAAGAUCAAUAUCUGCAGAAGAACAUGAUAAUGAGUAUGAGGAUGGUAGAGGAGGAAGACCAGGAUGAGGACGAGAAAGAGUAUGGGCGAGGAAGAGGAGGAGGAUGAAGAAGACAGAGGAAUACGAAUGAGACUGAAUACGAAGAUCAAGAGACUGAUGAGGAAGAGGAAGGAUAUGGACAAGGAAGAGGAGGAAGGAGAGGAGGAAGAUGGAGUUGCGGCCAACGGUCUUCUCUUCCAGCCAGACUCUAACUGUAGUCUGCCAAUUCCCAAGAGCCCUUGGGGCCGAUUGUUUCCCAACAGUCACUAGAGACAGACACCAGCCACGGGAUUAUCUGGGGGAAUUAUGAGCCAAACGUACACAGACACACACACACACACACUCACUCACACUGGACAUUUGCCAUGGCUCACAGCACAGAGCUUUGUGUGGGCCUACUAAGUGUGUGUUUAAAUGUUUGUGUUACGAUGUGGGUUUGUGGAAAAGUGUGUAUUAUGUGGGUACAUGGGUACUCUUUGUGGGUCUGUGUGAAUUGUUGUACCGUAUGUGUAUUGUGACGUGGGUGUGUACAUUUCAUGAUGCGGGGGUGUGUGUGUUUACGUUUCUUAUGAUGUGGGUGUCUUUGUAUAAGUAAGUACGUUAGUGGAUUUAGCAUGUGAGGGAGGAUGCACCAUAGGGUGUGGCGUGUGGCUAUUAUGUGGGGACCGCUUGACUGUUUGAGUUUAGCGUGUGGCUAUUAUCUAUGUGAGUUAUUAUCUAUGCGGGGUCUCUCAUUAGCUAUGCUAAAGCUAAUCCAGAGCAGCUGCAACAGUGAGACUCCCAUCAGAUGUCCCAAUAGACAGGGAGAGGUCUAGCCACAGAGAGAGAGAGAGAGAGAGAGAGAGAGAGAGAGAGAGAGAGAGAGAGCGAGAGAGAGAGAGAGAGAGAGAGAGAGAGAGAGAGAGAGAGAGAGAGGGAGAGAGAGAGAGAGAGAUAUGUAGCCACAGAGAGAGUCAGACAGAGCAUGAAAUAGAGUGUUAGAGACAGAGAGAAAUAGCCAGAGAAAGAGAUGGAGAGAUAGAGCAAUAGAUGGAUAAAAAGAAAGUGAGCAGAGAGAGGGCAAAAUAAUGAGAGCGAUAGAAGGAGGGAGGUUGGGCGGGGGAGGGGUGUGUGUAACGGUGCCGCACUUUGACAGAUGGACUGUGAGGAAGCACACACAGCCACCCCCGCCCUAUUCACGUAUGACCCCCUUCAGUUAGCAUAAUCACACACCAGGAGACUGAGCCUUUAAUAUAUGCCUUUGUAUUUAUCGCAGAUUAUUUUAUACAAAAUAAAAACAAAUCAAACUUUGUAAAAAGACGUGUUUGUCUCAAUGUGGUUGCAUACACAUAAAAUGAGUUUGGGAAAGAAAGUUUGUGCAACA